AUGGAUACAAUCGACACGGAGGAUGCAACGACACUGCAGUACAGCGACUUUUGCACUCGGUAUAUGGCGCUCAAUCGUCCCGUGCUCCUCCGCAACGUGACGGCCGAGUGGUUUCCAAAGACAGAGCAGUGGCGAGCCGGUUCUCAUAUGAAUUUUCAGUACCUGCGCGAGUGCUACGGAAGCGCUUUAGUACCGGUAACAGGUGGUGACGUGGCGGAGGACGGAGCACAAGACCGAUGGGAGAUGCAACUUGAUGAGUACCUGGAUCUUAUUGAGAGCAAAACAGCAGGCAAAAACUAUCUGAAGGACUGGCACUUCGUGCACGCCUUUGGUCACGACGUCUACGACACACCGCCGUUUUUCAAAGACGACUGGCUGAACUGGUGGUGGGAUCACAAAGAGAAGAGUGAGAGUGAUUACCGGUUCGUAUAUUUGGGUCCUGCUGGAAGCUGGACGCCGCUCCAUCAUGACGUCUUUCGCUCGUAUAGCUGGUCGGUGAAUAUCUGCGGCCGCAAAGAAUGGAUCUUUUACCCGCCAGACGAUGAAGAAAAGCUAAAGGACCGUUUUGGUCGUUUUGUCGUUCCUGAUGUGACGGCUGAGGUCAUCGACGAGACGAAGUAUCCUCUGUUCCACGAAGCGAAGCUUAUGUAUGUUGUCCAAGAAGCGGGUGAUGCCAUUUUUGUCCCCAGUGGAUGGUACCAUCAAGUGAAGAAUGUGAAGGAUACGAUUUCCAUCAACCAUAAUUGGUUCAACGGAUACAACAUCCGAGAAGUCUGGGGGUUCUUGAGGCGUGAGUACGCUGCGGUCGAGCACGAGCUGGAUAAUCUGAAAGAUGUGGGGCUUGUUGGCAGCGACUUUGUCGACCAGUGCCAAGUAGUCAUGCUUGCCAACACAGGAAUGAACUACGUUGAGUUUCGAGAGCUCUUGUAUGCCAAAGCCAUCGAGAUACUAUCACAGCGUGAACACCCUGCAACGAGCGACACAACGCUCGUAACUCAAGACUUGCUCCGCCACUUGGGAUACGUGCAUGAUAUCCUCCAGCAGCUAAACGUAGCCCUGAGUGCUGCUGGCAACGAAGUUGGCGCAAACAUCAGCCAGUGCUGGAUCGAUGUGGACUCGCAAUUGGAGCGGUUGUGUAAGGCAUGCAGCGAGACAGCAAAUUGA